AUGAGAAAAGAGUUUGUACGGACAGGUGGUGUGUCUCAUUUGGGCUGUGUUAUUUGCUUGCGUGGAGGGGAUUACAGAUGCAAUUGCACCUGCUUACUGAGAGGCUUUCCUCCUCUGUGCUCCAGUGACAGCUUAUGUGAGGCUGACAGCUCUCUCAGUCGCAGCCUCUUGCCCUGCAGGAUGUUUUGUGAGGCAGCAAAAGAAGGCUGUGAACCAGUCCUGGGUAUGGUAAAUGCUUCUUGGCCAGAAUUCCUGAAGUGCUCUCAAUUCCAAAACAAAACUGAAAAUGACACCACUACAAGGGUAUGCUUCUCACCACACCAAGAAAAAGGAAAGCAGUCACUGUGUGGAGGAGAGGAGAGCUUCUUGUGUGCCAGUGGGAUCUGCAUCCCAGGGAAACUGCAGUGUAAUGGCUACAAUGACUGUGAUGAUUGGAGUGAUGAGAUCCAUUGCAACUGCAGUGAUGAUGUAUUUCGUUGCAACACGGGAAAGUGCCUAAAUUACACCUUUGUUUGUGAUGGAUAUGAUGACUGUGGAGACCUUAGUGAUGAACAAAACUGCGAUUGUAACCCAGUGACACAUCAUCAGUGUGGAGAUGGGAGGUGUAUAACAGCUGAUUGGGUAUGUGAUGGUGACCAUGACUGUAUAGACAAAUCAGAUGAAAUCAAUUGCUCGUGUCACAGUCAGGGCCUGGUGGAAUGCAGAAAUGGGCAGUGCAUUCCUAGUGCAUUCCAGUGUGAUGGAGAUAAUGACUGUAAAGAUGGAAGUGAUGAAGAAAACUGCAGUGAAAGUCAAACCCUCUGUCAGGAGGGAGACCAGAGAUGUAUUUCCUGUCCUGAUCCCUGUGGAACUUCUCUCUGUGAGAUGAGAAACAGCCAGACAAACUGCAGUCAGUGUGAACCCAUUACUCUGGAACUCUGUAUGAACUUGCCUUACAACCAUACUUACUACCCAAACUACCUGGGCCACAGGACGCAGAAGGAAGCCUCUAUCAGCUGGGAGUCUUCUCUUUUCCCAGCCUUGGUUCAGACCAACUGCUACAAGUACCUUAUGUUUUUUGCCUGUACAAUCUUAGUACCAAAAUGUGACCCCCAUACAAAUCAGCGGAUCCCACCUUGCAGGACAUUAUGUGUACAAUCCAAGGAACGCUGUGAGUCGGUGCUUGGGAUUGUAGGUCUGCAGUGGCCGGAAGAUACUGACUGCACUCAGUUUCCAGAUGAGAACUCGGACAACCAGACUUGUCUAACACCAGAUGAAGGUGUAGAAGAAUGCUCACCCAGUCACUUCAAGUGCCGUUCUGGGAGGUGUGUCCUGGCAUCCAGAAGGUGUGAUGGUCAAGCUGACUGUGAAGAUGAUAGUGAUGAGGACAGCUGUGGUUGUAGAGAAAGGGGUCUUUGGGAGUGUCCUUUGAAGAAGCUGUGCAUCAAACACACUAUGAUCUGUGAUGGUUUCCCAGACUGCCCUGACAUGAUGGAUGAAAAGAACUGCU